UGGUGUACGACAUAGGCAACUCACGAGUGGGUAUCGCCACCACCCGGCAUACCAAUGACACUGUCAACUUCUGACUUGCAUAUAUUUAUAUUUGUACUUUUCAUUCAUCCGACCCUCUUGGAUUCAAAAGUCGAGGCAACCAGGCCGACACGUGACGUGCCAUGAGACGCGCUCGCGGAGGCAUGCGUUAGUACGAUCAGCUCGAGGCAUUUCAUCUCCACCUUCGGGAUGAUCCAUUUUUCCGCUCGGGAAGGUGCAGAGCAUAUAUAGAGCGGUCCCGUUAUUGUCUCGCGUAUCUUGUCUUCGCGCAUCCACGUCCUCUUUCUUGUCCCAACUGACAGGCUCUUCUCGCACUUGACCAAGAUGGGAAUAGCUUGCAUCUUUUGCAUUUUGUGGCUCGUGUCGCAGGCGACAGCGAGGACGUUUACUGUCAUCAACAACUGCUCGUUCACGAUCUGGCCGGCAAUUUAUACUGGGUCUGGAUCGGAUAAGCCCGAUUAUGACACAGGAUGGAAAGCGGCUGCGGGAUCAUCAGUGAGCUUCACCGUUCCGGACGACUGGUCGUCCGGUCGAAUAUGGGGCAGGAGCGAUUGCAACUUCACAGAGAGCACCACUACUGGGACGUGUGUCUCCGCGUCAUGUAGUGGUGGCUUGCAGUGUGUUGCCCCGGGAUCGACCCCGGCGACUCUGGCAGAGUGGACGCUCUCGGCAGGCAGUGUGGACUAUUAUGACGUGUCUCUCGUCGACGGCUUUAAUCUACCUUUGGCAAUCACGAACAACGUGGGCUGUUCCGAAGCCAGCUGUAAGGUUGAUCUGGACGCUACUUGUCCGAGCGCGCUCGUGGGUCCGACGAACUCCACUGGUGGCGUCCUGGGAUGUAAAAGCGCGUGCGAUGCCAAUGUGGGUGGCGACUACGCAAACUCUCCGGACUGCUGUACUGGCAGCUAUGGCACGGCUGCUACGUGCCCCUCAUCCGGGGUAUCAUACUACAGCUUCUUUAAGGACAACUGUCCGGAUGCAUAUGCGUACGCGUACGACGAGUCGAGCGGCACUGCACUCUGGACGUGCGAUGCAUCGCUGAAUGCCGAUUAUACACUGACUUUCUGCCCAGCGCUUGGAAAAACGACCGCGUCGGUAUCAGGCAGCUCUGGAGUGCCUUCGAAGACGUCGGUGGCGACGACUACGAGCGUACCUUCUGCUACAUCUACCGCCAAGUCCACUAGCACUAGCUUGGGACCGCCGAAGUGUGCUCUCAAACCGCCGUCGGACAAGCAGGCUGUGUUCGCGCUGUCGUGGUGAGCUGCGCAGGCGUACCAUCCAUAUCAGCAAUAACCAAAUCUCUCAUGCCCGUGUCUUGUGGAUACUAUACAGUCGACUGGUCGGUGUAUUCUUAUCUUGUGAGGCCUUGUUGCGUUAUUGAAGUAUAUUUCUAUGGCAUUUAAACGCGAUUUCAUCGGUGCUGUGCCGCGUUUCAUGUGGAGGUUUCAUUGAAAGUGAGGUUGGAACAUGUUUGAUAGCC